AUGCGCGACCUUUCCCCGCGGGCCCUACUGGACACUGACCCCGCCGGUGUCCCAGACUCCCAGGGUCAAGACGACGACGCGAAGAACAAAUGGGCCCCGAAGGACCUCGUUCGCCGUGUCGAGCGCUCGCACAGUCGACUGCCCGGCAUCCGAAAGGUGCCGUUCCCCGCUCUCGCGAUCAUCAGCUUUGUGGCGCUCGUGAAUAUCCUAGUUUGGAUUGCGGCGGCUGUGGUGCUACGUUACUAUCCAUCCCUGGUCUCGAAUGCGGUUCUCUCCUAUACCUUGGGGUUGAGACAUGCGUUCGACGCGGAUCAUAUCUCGGCCAUCGAUCUGAUGACCCGGAGACUGUUGGCAACCGGCCAACAGCCCGUCACGGUCGGGACAUUCUUCUCCUUGGGCCAUUCGACGAUUGUCAUCAUCACGUCGAUCGUGGUGGCCGCCACCGCUGCGGCCGUGUCGUCUCGCUUUGACAGCUUCGGCACCGUCGGCGGCAUCAUUGGGACAUCCGUCAGCGCCGCCUUCCUCAUCCUGCUGGGUCUCAUGAACGCCUACAUUCUGUACAAGCUCUAUAUGCAGCUGCAGAAGGUCUUGGAUCUUCCCGAAGGCCAGGAGGAUGAAGCGUGGAAGGUCGAAGGCGGAGGCGUGCUGUUCUCCGUGUUGAAGCGCAUGUUCAAGUUGAUUGACCGGCCGUGGAAAAUGUACCCGCUUGGCGUCCUUUUUGGCCUAGGGUUUGACACAUCCUCGGAGAUUGCGUUGCUCGGUAUCUCAUCCAUCGAAGCUGCAAAGGGCACUGACAUUUGGGUCAUUCUGAUCUUUCCGAUCCUGUUCACCGCCGGCAUGUGUCUCCUCGACACGACGGACGGAGCCCUGAUGCUCUCGCUGUACGUCCAGCCCGCCGCGAACUUCCUCCCGGCAAAGCGCGACAGCAUCGAAUCGACCGCAGAGACCCUCACCGACGAAGAAAACGAGGUGCCGGUUCAAAACCAUCGCGACCCAAUUGCCUUCCUGUACUACUCCAUCGUGUUAACGUGUCUGACGGUCGUCGUGGCCAUCGUGAUUGGCAUCAUCCAGCUGCUAACGCUAGUCCUCAACGUCGCGGAGCCAACGGGGAGAUUCUGGGAUGGGGUGCAGACGGCCGGCGACUACUACGAUGCCAUUGGUGGCGGAAUCUGCGGCUGCUUUAUCAUUUUUGGUGGUCUGAGUGUCAUGGUCUAUAAACCGUGGAAGAGGUGGAUUCUCAACCGUCAUGGACGCGGCCCCCUGGCGGGAGACGAGGAAGGGUAUCCAGAAGAGGACCAAGAGCCUCCGUUGCCUCGUCCUGAAACCCCCAUCCUUCAUCAGCAAAGAAACGGCGCCUCGUCCACGGACUAUGGCUCAACAGGAAAGAAGGACGCCCAAGUGGGUGUGAAACCGGUGGGUGAGGCGUCUUGAUGCCUGGAAGACGAGAUUAUUCGUCCAUAUAAUGGUAAAAUCCCAAAUCAAGCUAAGAUUUAAGCAUCUCUUGUUAGGGCCAUAAUCAGCAAUUGUGCUAGA